CGACUUCAGGCGAGCUUUUUGAGACCUCCCUUGGUUGCAAUCGGCUAUUCUCGUCUACUUUCGAGGCGAGCCGCAGCUCAUCUCAAACAAGCCUAUUAUAUAUUUGUUUUACAUUGUAUAUUUCGUUUAUCCCAUUGUUUUCUCAGCCGUUUUGAAUAACGUUUUAAAUAAAGUAUUUUAAAGUGCUCAACUGCAGUUUAAACUGUAUUUAGUCUACGUUCAACUUUAUUUAUGUCGUUUUAUUUUCUCAACGUAGUUUCCUCAUGUGAAUGAUUCUGAAGUGUUAUUGAUACUUUGUACGUUGACAGUUUUAAACAAAGUUUUUUUUGUUUUUAAGAACUCGGUAGCCGUUUAAAGAUGGCGGCGGUGAAGUUGUUGACAGUUGUACUUCUGAACUUUUUCUUCACGUUUGUCUCGUCUUUGUACUUUCACAUGGGGGACACCGAGAGGAAAUGCUUCAUGGAGAAGAUCCCGGACGAGACGAUGCUCAUGGGAAACUAUCGGACCCGGCUGUUUGACGGACAGAGAGACGAGUACCUGCCGGUCUCUCAGAACAUCACCUUAUCAGUCCAGGUCAAAGAUCCUAAUGACAAGCUGGUUCUGUCUCGGUCUCACGGCUCGGAGGGAAGCUUCAGAGUCAGAUCUAAGGAACCUGGAGGAUACCAGAUCUGUCUGCAAACAAACUGUUCACAGCACCCCCUGCCUGCUGGAGUCCUGCUGGCGGUUCACCUGGACCUCCGAGCGGCCCAGAGAACAAACAACUACACUGAGAUCGCUGUGAGAGAAAAACUGCAACAUAUGCAGCUGAGAGUCCGACAGCUGAUGGAGCAGGUUCUACAGAUCCAGCAGGAGCAGAACUACCAGAGGUUGAGAGAAAGAGAUAUCCUUGAGGUGACACAAAACACCAACAUGUGGAUCUUCUGGUGGCCGGUCGCCCGCUCGCUCUACGUGGUUUUCAUCAUCAUCUGGCACACCAAGUCCUGGUGACGCUCCUCUUCAGUACACUUUGGACCUACAAGGGAAACAACAACAAAAUGGGACUUAUGAAACUUGUAAAUAUUUUCAGAAGCAUAAUCAAAUACUUUUUUAUAUACUGAGACUCCCCCCCCCACCCGACAUCAGAAUACCUUUAUUAGUCCCACAUGUACAUUGUUACAGCAGAAAAGAGCCAAAGACAGCCAAAUGUCACCUAAGUAGAAAUAAGUAGUAAACAAAAUUUAAAAUACAAGUUACAAAAAACACAUCCUGAUGAGGGCCGUAAUUUGCACACCCCUUUUAUAUAGUCUGACCACUGCAGGAAGGAAGGGCCUGAGAUUAUUUGAAAUACUUUUUUAUAUACUGAGACCCCCCCCCCCAACCCGACAUGACAUGAUUAGUUCACCUGGAGAAGGACGAUAAGGAGAGGAGUCCCAGCAGGAACUCCAGGGCGUAGAAGAGUAGCAGCACGGCGCCGAGGAUGAACUCCAGCCGCAGGACGAAGGUCUGGAGCAACAGGAAGUAAACAGCCAGCGCCGUGCAGGGGAACAGGAUGAAGAGCGACGCACACGAGGCCAGAGAGCGCUCACACAGGUUCCCCUUCCACCCUGAAAACACCUUGAAAGCUUAGCGGUGGUGACUUGAAGUCAUGUGACCGUGCUGUAGUUCCUUUAUAGCCCAACAUUAGCCACCUUUAGCUUAGCGGUGGUGACUUGAAGUCAUGUGACCGUGCUGUAGUUCCUUUAUAGCCCAACAUUAGCCACCUUUAGCUUAGCGGUGGUGACUUAAAGUCAUGUGACCGUGCUGUAGUUCCUUUAUAGCCCAACAUUAGCCACCUUUAGCUUAGCGGUGGUGACUUGAAGUCAUGUGACCGUGCUGUAGUUCCUUUAUAGCCCAACAUUAGCCACCUUUAGCUUAGCGGUGGUGACUUGAAGUCAUGUGACCGUGCUGUAGUUCCUUUAUAGCCUAUUUCUGGCUUUUUACUUAAAAAAUCACAAGGUGGUUAAUAUGUGGAGAUUAUCCUGCGAAAUGUAAGUAUUAAAAAAUAAAGGUGUGUUUGCCAAA